AUGGAUAUGGCAAAGAAUAGAGGUUUCUUAUUCGUCGCAAAGAGGAAGGGAAAGGGUUGUGCGACUGAGACUGAGCAGCUAGGGUCACAGAAGCGACAUAAAAUUGAAUAUGAGGCAACUAUUCCUAUAAGAGGGGUCUCUUGUGGGAGGAUUGUUGAACAGAGGAGCCUGGUUAAUAUCAGGAUAGAAAGUCAAAUUACAGAGCGAGGACUUAAGUUUUUCUUUGAAAAGAUGGAGGG